AUGUCGGCGCAGGAAAACACGUCUUUGGCAGACUUGACCUUGGUGGACAGCAUCCUUCACUGGCACAAACUGUUCGAAUCAGACACUCCUCCACGACUCGGUCUCGAAGUCCAUCAACGCCUGCCGUCCACGGCGUUGGCGGCUUUUUCGGUCGGGAUGGGCAUCGGGUAUUCUCACGGCAGCAAAAUCGCAGCGUACAGAUUUCGCGCCGAGAACGCACACCGUCUUCCCGCUAACUCCGCCCUCUGGUUCCAGUACCAUAAAUCAAAGAGUUAUGCGUCGGUCAUUGGGGGGACUAUAGAAGGCUUAAAGCUAGGGCUGAGGCUUGGGGGCGCUGCCUUUGCGUUCUGCUUAUUCGAGGAGACAGUGGACUACGCUCGACACGACCGGAGAGACUUUCUGUCCACCGUUAUCGCAGGGCUGUCAUUUUCUGGAAUAUACAGUCUUCUAGCCCGUCAUGAUAUCUACACGGCCGCACGCACAACGAAACUUGGUUUGAAGCUGGGUCUGGUGUAUGGUCUAUCGCAGGAUGCUCUUGGGACACUCAGGGGCACGCCUCCUGCAUAUAUGGACUUUUUCUUGGGUAAAAACUCCUCGAAAUCCUCCAGCGAAGGGUCCAUCUGA